GUGGAACAGGAUUAUGAUGUAGUACCUCGGUUAUAGUAAACUGUGUUUCAGGUCCAGUCGGGGGGCGAUGAGCGGGUUCUGGUGAUGGGGGCCACCAACCGCCCGCAGGAGCUGGACCAAGCCGCUCUCAGGCGUUUCUCUAAGCGUGUGUACGUGGCUCUGCCCGGCGAGGAGACCCGGGUCCGUCUGCUGAGGAACCUUCUGGAGAAACACAGCAAUCCGCUGACUCAGCGAGAGCUCAGCCAGCUCGCUAGACUGACAGAGGGCUACUCCGGCAGCGACCUCACCUCAUUGGCUAAAGACGCCUCCCUGGGACCAAUCAGAGAGUUGCAUCCGGACCAAGUGAGGAACAUGGAGGCCAGUGAGGUGAGUUCACUUCCCUCCAGGUAAUGUUGGAAACUGGUCCAGGAUUAAAAGUGAAACAAGCU